UUUUGGCAAUAUAGUGUAUACGUGCAAGUAUGUAACCAAGUUUUCAGAUUCUGUAGAGCCCCCCCACCAUGCCCACGUACCAGCUUUGGCUCGGCCCUAAUGACCGCGGCUUCCAAUGUGUGUGCAAAUCGCAAACUGGUUCCUCUACAUGUCCCUAAUAGACCCUGGUCUCACAUUGGAGUCGAUUUCAUCAUGGAUCUACCACCUUCUGACUUCCACACCUCUGUCCUCUUCAUUGUAGACCGGCUCUCCAGAGCAUGCAAGCUGAUUCCUCUGAAGGGAUUUCCCACUGCCUUUGAAAUGGCUGAAACCCUCUUCCAACAAAUCUUCCAUCACUUUAGGAUACCUGAAGAUAUUGUAUCGGACUGUGGUCCCUAAUUUAUCUCCAGAGUAUGGCAUGCCUUCUUCCAAUUACUUGGAGUUACAGUAAGCUUAUCAUAUGGAUAUCAUCCGCAGUCCAAUGCCCAGACUGAGUGGAAGACACAAAAAAUCAGGAGAUACCUAUGGUCAUAUUGUCACAAUCAUCAAGACAGCGGGAGCUGUUUUCUUCCAUGGGCCCGACUAUGAACAAAGCCACCAAAGAACUGACACAUUUCCAGUGCAUACUUGGCUACCAACCGCCGAUGUUUCAGCUGUCCACCACUGGUUUCAAAGAGCGCAAGAGGGUCUGGGACUCAGCUCACAUCCAUCUGCAGAGGGCAGUUCGGAGACACAAGAGCCAGCCCUACGCUAGAAGGUCUGGCUCUCAACCAGGGACAUCCAUCUUCGACUGCCCUGUCGUAAGCUGAGUCCCCGCAACGUUCGACCCUUUACCAUCAAGAGGCAGAUCAAUGAUGUCACCUACAGGCUAAAGCUAAACCAGACCGCUGAAAGGUUGUUGGCUAGUGCCAUUAAAUUCCUGUGCGUCUGAGAUUUCUGCCUUUGAGACCCCUUCAUAACCUGCUGCAAUACUCCACUAUGGCCUUUGGGAUGCGCAAUGCUCCCGCCACGUUCCAAAGAUUGAUGCAACAAGUGUUUUCAGGAAUCCCUAUCUGUGAAAUCUACUUGGAUGAUGUAGUAGUUUAUUCUCACACUUGGGAAGAGCAUUUAACUCCCUGGGUUCGGUGGUCGCGCCGGCAAUACCACCUCGCUUAUUUCUUAUCAGUGCAAAAUAGAUUGUUCAACAGAAUUUUACAAAGAAUAUUUAGUUUAAGUUAUGAGAGAGUUAAGUUUUUUUUUUUUUUUAAAUGGCUAGAAUGUUGUAACAUGCAUUUUUUUUCUCCAAUGAAUUUAUAUACCCAAAAUGGCGACGUAUUCUGGGGGAUACAAACAUUUACAUGCAGAUCAAGAAAAAUGUAAAAAUUUAAUUCAUAAAAUUUCAACACAAACAUAAUAAGCUAACGUUUAACAACUUUUUAAACAUGCAAGUCCCCUCCAAAUACUGUAAAUAUGUGAAAUAACUGUUAGACAAUUCAGAAAUUGAAUGCCGCUGUUUGUUGCUCGAAGACGAACAGUUCUGCUUUCUCUUUAUAUUUUCAUUGGCAAAAUUGAGCAAAACAGACAAUAUUGUGUCUGAAAUAACAAAAUAGGCCUAUUAACUUAUUGAACUGUUGUAUAAAAUCAUCACAUUUGUGUGAUAUUGCACUAAUUUCUUGUGUAAUAUAGCUUAACUCGCAUAUAGCAUAUGAUGUAAAUAUGAGACAAAAACUCAAACGGGCAUUUUUUGCCUCAUAUCUUGAAUUUUACGAACAUUCUAACUACAUUCUAUAGGCUCCAUCACCCUCCUUAUUAUUAGUCAUCAAUUAACUGUGUAUUAUGUCAGAUGACCUGUGUAGGUCUGGGGGUGGGCCAAGUGCAUUAAAUGCGUUAAAUUUAACGAGUUAUUUUUCCACUGUGAUUAAUAAAUCUAAUUAACAUGUUAAAUCACUCAAACCAUAUAUGGAAAUCGAUGAGUCAUUAUAUGGUCACUGGUGGAAUCUGGAUGUCAUCUAGUGGAAAAGUUUGGUACUGCGCACAAAACAUCUUACUGAAAGUUAUUUUUUUGAGGAAUCAACUUAAAUUUGGCACAGAACUUGUUCAGAUAUUAAGUUUUGAAUUUCUUUAAGUUUUAGGGUUGAACAUGAUUUGUAAAAUAUAUAUUCUAUAUAAAAUAUAAGAAUAUAUAUUUUAAAUGUAUUUUUACACCCGUCUUUAGUUGUACAAUAAUCUGAAGUGUUCCCUCUAAAAAGAUAACAAACUUAAGUCUGUGCUCUGAAGUUUUCAAGAUUUUUAACAAUUUAAGUUGUAAAAGUCCUUUUCAAGUCUAUGCUCAAAAAGUGGGACAGACACUAACAGGUGAAACAACCUUUUAUUUUCACAAACUUUAGUAGUUUCUUUUGAACAGCUGUCAAUAUGGGUCAAAUUGACCCACGAACAGUUAAGAACGUAUACAAUUUCUGUAUGCACAUUUCACAACACAUCAGCGUAUUAAAACUUUGCAUGCAUGUUCAUGAUCCUAAAUGAGAAAAAGUCACAAAAUUUCAAGAAAAACAUCAUAGGUAUGAUUUUUAUUUGAGAUAGAUUGAAAAAAGAAAUGAUAGCUCAUUUUUACCAUAUGAGGCUGACAAAAUAUAUAUUUUUUUUUUUGUAUUGAAAUAAGUAAGGAAAAGCUUUUUUUCUUUUUUCUUUUUUUUUUUUAGCUUCGCAGGGUAGUUCAAAACUAAAAUAACAAAAUAUAUCCAAGAAAUGUUAUUUUAUGUCUGUACAGUUGCCUUAGAACAUUAAAAUAUGCGGGUCAAAUUGACCUGUGAACAUCACGAACAUACUUUUGUGUGAAUAUGUAAAAACACAUCAGUGUGUUGAAACUUUGCAUGCAUGUUCAAGACCCUAAAUGAGAAAAAGUCAAAAAACAGGUUAACUGGUAUUUUUCGACAACUCAAAUGUCAAAACAGGUCAAACUGACCUGCAACAGUACAUGAGGGUUAACAUGUAUUUUUAUCUGUACACCACAUUUGUCACUACUUGAAUAUUAAUACUGUAAUAUUUGGUAUAAAUGAAAUUCUGUAUCCAAACGGUACAUUCAGACAGAACCUCUCUAUUUAACUAUUAAUAUUUUUUUAAUAUUAUACGUAAAUUUGUACAUUUCUAUGCAGGUUUGUGAGCAGGGCUUUUAUUUUGGUCAGAAUAUGUGAUGUAAUAAGGCUGCGCCGCGCUCCUGCAUCUGUUAUGAUUCGGCUGAAGAAAGUGUCCAAACACACAGGAAGACUCUUGAUGAAGCGACUGAGAUCCAUGUGACACACUAUUAUAAAGAUGGCGUUUAUUAAAGAGGAGAGUGAAGACAUGAAGAUGGCGUUUAUUAAAGAGGAGAGUGAAGACAUGAAGAUGGCGUUUAUUAAAGAGGAGAGUGAAGACAUGAAGAUGGCGUUUAUUAAAGAGGAGAGUGAAGACAUGAAGAUGACAUUUAUUAAAGAAGAGAGAGACGACAUAAAGAUUGAAGAAACAUUCAGAGUGAAACACGAAGAAACUGAGAAACAAACAGACCUGAUGGCACUGAAAGAAGAGAGUCAAGAACUGAAUGAAAUGGAAGAGAAAGAUCGUGAUUUCAUGACAGGAGAAAAAUCCACACAGACUAAAAAAAAAUCCUCUCAAAAAAGAGCUCAGAAAACCAUAUCUAACAGUUGUUUUACCUGCCAACAGUGCGGACACAGUUUUGCUCAUAAACAAAACCUUAAAGUCCACAUGAGGAUUCACACGGGAGAGAACCCUUAUAUCUGCCAACAGUGUGGACAAAGUUUCACUCAAAAACAAAACCUUAAAGUCCAUAUGAGGGUUCACACUGGAGAGAAGCCUUUCACAUGCCAACAGUGUGGACACAGUUUUGCACGCAAAGGAAACCUUAAUAUCCACAUGAGAAUUCACACUGGAGAGAAGCCUUUCACCUGCAAACAAUGUGAACAGAGUUUUGCACGUAAAGCAAACCUUAUUAUCCACGUGAGAAUUCACACUGAAGAGAAGCCUUAUACCUGCAAACAGUGUGAAAAGAGCUUUUCUCAUAAAGGAAACCUUAAUCAGCACAUGAAGAUUCACUUGAAAGAAAAACAUUUCAUGUGUCAUCAUUGUGGAAGGAGUUUCAUAAGCGGCAAUCACCUUAAGAAUCAUGUAAUGACUCACACCGGAGAGAAGCCUUUCGCCUGCUAUCAGUGUGGAAAGAGUUUCAAUCAUAAAGGGAACCUUUAUGUCCACAUGAGAAAUCACACUGGAGAGAAGCCUUACACAUGUACUCAGUGUGAGAAGAGUUUCACGUAUCGAAGAGACCUGAAACGUCAUUUGCAGACUCAUUCUGGAAUGCAACUGUAGUGUUCUGUAUGUAGUAAAAGAUUUACAAAAUACAACAGUUUCAGAAAUUACUUGCAUAUUCACUAUGUUAGAACAAAUUAGCUCAAAGGGGAAAUGUUAAAAAUUAUUCAUAACUUGUUAGUGAAUAUUUGAAUUAGUUAAUCAGAUUAACUUGAUGUAGCUACAUUAACAUUACAAUAAAUCAGUUCAUCCUGUGAA